AUGGCGAGCGCCCCGGGACCAGACCCACCGGGGGACAGCAGCGAGGAUGAGAGGCCCAAGUGGGACAACAAGCUCCAGUAUCUCCUGAGCUGUGUGGGGUUUGCCGUGGGCCUGGGCAACAUCUGGAGGUUCCCGUACCUGUGCCAGAGCCACGGGGGAGGGGCCUUCCUCAUCCCCUACCUCAUCGCCCUGGCCUUCGAGGGGAUCCCGCUGUUCCACAUCGAGCUCGCCAUCGGCCAGCGCCUGCGCAGAGGGAGCGUCGGGGUGUGGAAGGCCAUCUCCCCCUACCUGGGCGGAGUCGGGCUGGGCUGCUUCACCGCGUCCUUCCUGAUCAGUCUCUACUACAACACCGUCCUGACCUGGGUGCUGUGGUACCUCCUCAACUCCUUCCAGCACCCGCUGCCCUGGAGCACCUGCCCGCUGAACCUCAACCAGACAGGGUUCGUGGAGGAGUGCCAGGGCAGCAGCUCCGUCAGCUACUUCUGGUACCGGCAGACGCUGAACAUCACGGCUGACAUCGACUACAGCGGCUCCAUCCAGUGGCGGCUGCUGGUCUGCUUGGCAGCCUGCUGGGCAGUCCUAUACCUGUGUGUCAUCAGAGGCAUCGAAUCCACCGGAAAGGUAAUUUAUUUCACAGCCUUGUUCCCCUACCUGGUCCUGACCAUCUUCCUUAUCAGAGGACUCACCCUGCCCGGCGCGACGGAAGGGUUAAUCUACCUGUUCACUCCCAACAUGCAGACCCUCCAGAGCCCCCGGGUGUGGCUGGACGCAGCCACCCAGAUAUUCUUCUCUCUGUCCUUGGCCUUCGGAGGACACAUCGCGUUAGCAAGUUACAACCCGCCCAGGAACGACUGCGAGAAGGACGCAGUGACCAUCGCCCUGAUCAACAGCAUGACCUCCCUCUACGCCUCCAUUGCUGUCUUCUCUGUCUUGGGGUUCAAGGCGGCCAAUGACUACGGGCACUGCUUGGACAGGAACAUCCUCAGCCUCACCAAUGAGUUUGAUUUCCCAGACCAGAGCAUCUCCAGGGACGAGUACGCUGCUGUCCUCACACACCUGAAUGCCACCCAGCCUGAGAGGUUGGCUGGGCUGCACCUGGAGUCCUGCCGUCUGCAAGACUUUCUGGAUAAGAGCGCCUCAGGCACGGGCCUGGCCUUCAUUGUCUUCACGGAGGCCAUCCUGCACAUGCCGGGAGCGCCCGCGUGGGCCGUGCUCUUCUUCUCGAUGCUGUUCACCUUGGGACUGUCAUCCAUGUUCGGGAACAUCGAGGGUGUCAUCACGCCACUCCUGGAUAUGGGGGUCCUGCCACGGUGGGUCCCCAAGGAGAUCCUGACUGGGACGGUCUGCCUGCUCUGCUUCCUCGUGGCAACCUGCUUCACACUGCAGUCCGGGAACUACUGGCUCGAGGUUUUCGACAAAUACGCUGCUUCCCUGAACCUGAUCAUCUUCGCCUUCUUCGAGGUGAUUGGCGUCGUCUAUGUUUAUGGGAUGGAACGGUUCUGUGACGACAUUGAAUGGAUGACCGGGAGGCGGCCUGGCCUCUACUGGCGUGUGACCUGGAAGGUCAUCAGCCCCCUGCUGCUGCUGACCAUCUUCGUGGCUUAUAUUAUCUAUCAGGUCUGGACAGCUCUGAGCAACAAUGGCCGAGAACUCCCAAUACGAGGCCCCGAGAGUGCCCUGGAGCAUCAGAGUGACUCAGGCAGCCGGACAGCCUCAGCCAGUAGCAGGAGGACAAGCAGUUUCCAGACUCUGGAAGAGAUUGGGGGAAGCUGCCCACCCAGCACAUUCACUUGGCUGUGGGUCAGCCUCGCUCUGCCCCGGUGGUGGGUCGGGGGGGACGCUGCCCCCUCCCUCGGACACUCACCCUGUGGCCUUGUGUCUCUGCAGAAGCAGUUCCCCUCGCGGCAGGAGAAGUCCUACCCGGGCUGGGUGCAGGCCAUCUGUGGGCUCCUGUCCUUCUUGCCUGCACUGUUGGUCCCGGGAGUUGCGAUGGCCCAGCUGCCCAUCUGGCGCAGGCGGAAGCAGAAGAAUGUGCAGCAGAACAUGCGCCUGAAGCUGCAGGACAGCAAGGUCUCCGACAGCGAGAUCCGCUGAGGGCGGGAGGUCCUGGCCUGUAUGCUCUCGCUCACAGAUCACCCGACCCCAUUAUACUCACC